AAUCUAAUCAACAAGUAGAAUUGCACGUGACUAUUUUUCUUACUGAUAGUGGAAAAUACUCUGAUAAAAUUUCAAUUAUGAUAACAAAUAGUAGAACCAUAAGUGUGCAUGUAACUGCAACAGGAAUUGGCACAAGCAUAGAAUGUAAUCCCCUGAUUUUUCCCUCGUACGACAUGGGUCUGCUGUUUAGCCACGAGAAUGUCAAUAUACCAAUAACAAUCACUAAUAAAGGUACCAGGAAUCAUCAAUUGAUUUGGUCCAACACUAGUGAUCUUCGUGUUUUGCCUAAAGGCCGUAUAGAGCCGCCAGUUUGUGAGAAAUUUGCCAUUGUUCCAUACAUGGUUAAUUUACCACCAGGCAACAGUGCCACAGUCAGGUGUAAAAUAUCUUGGGAAGAGAACGAAACUGUCAAGGAAGAAUGGUAUCUUCAUGCAUUGAUAGAAGGACAGGGAAGGCGGGAAGUAAUAGGAAACGGUACAUUCACAGUUACUUUCAUUGAACCUCGUAUAUCCUUUAGCAAGAAACAAUUGUACUUUCGUAUGGAUUUGUGUUCUGAGGGUGACAAAAUUCAGGAAAUCGAUGAUCUGGAGGUAACUAAUCGAUCACAGCUCAAUUUAAAUGCUUGCAUCAACGUGGAUCCGCCUUUUAAGAUGAUUAAUGAAAAGGAGGAACUGAUUAAUUCUAUGUGUGUUCUGCUGGAAGAUUAUGUUCCCAUACAAAUCCGUGUACUAUUUUCAUUUAAGGAUGUUAAUGUAGGAUUUACAGAACCACAGACUUUUCAAGGAUAUCUUAAAUUCGAUUAUGAUGGACAUCCUACUAAAGAUAAAAUCAAGUGCAUAGCAGAAAUAAACUAUCCGCGUAUAUUACCAAUUCCCAGGAAUAUAAAUUUGAGCUGCGUACUUGGUUGCAGUACUGAGAAACUUUUGAAGUUACGUAAUGAUACUCCAAUUUCAGUACACUAUGAGAUUCAAUGGAUCGAAGAAAGUAUUACUGUCACGAAACAUGUUGCAGAUACCGAAAAUCUAGAAAAUUGCGAGAAUGUUACUGAAAAGAAUGAAAUCAUCUUCGAGAAAGAGAAUAAAAAUGAUUUGAAGAAUAAAGAAAUAAAUCAGCAAUCUGUACAGUUAUAUGAUAGUAACGUUACAAAAACUAUAACGGAAACUGAUAUUUCUUGGCAAGAAGUCAAGGACCUGCUGCUACCAAUAAUUGACAAAUAUUUCAUUGAAGAUACUGAAAUUCCAAUACUGAAUGUUUUAAGUCAAGAACCUCCUUCUAGUGAAUUUAUCAACGAGGUUUUAGAUAUUGUACCUUGGAAAGGACAAGUACCGCCACAUUCAUCUCAAUACAUUAGCAUCGCUUUUCAUGGUUUGACAGCAAUGAAAAUUGAUGCUAAUAUUGUAUGUAACGUGCACCGAGGACCUUCAGAAAUAAUAAAAAUUCAGGCAGUAUCGGAUGCCAUUAAAUUUUCUAUCGAUAAGAAGACCAUCGAUUUUGGACAGAAGAUAUUCUCCGAGACUUGCCAAGCAACUUUGACAGUGAAGAAUGACAGUAUGAUUAAAUUUACCUAUAGAGUAUCCAAAGCUGUGGAAAGUCCUAUCAUCGUUCAACCAGAAUUUGGUACAAUUGAUUUACAAGCAACUGUUGAAUUAUCAGUUUCUUAUCAGCCAAGAAUUCCUGGUAGUUUCAGGGAUAGCUUCGAAAUCGAGGUUGGACAUUUGACAAAUAUUUCAAUAAAUAUAGAAGGCUUUGCAUCACUUCCUCAGGUUUAUUUGAAACUGCCAAGAGAGAAUAUUUUUAAUGAUAAUAAUCAAGAAUUUGAAUAUCAGGCGAUUAGUACAAUUACCACAGAAUUUCUCUCACAGAUUGACAAACGAAAUCUUCAUGAAAUUGAAUUGAUAGUUCCUCAGAGUAAUAUCGAAGACUCUGAAAUAGAUAUUAACAAUCUUCUGGCAAACGGUUGGGAGAUUAUUUCAUAUCCAAAAAUAUUUCCAACUGCCCUGGAUAUCAAUAUGGCUAUUGAUAGGAUGCUGGCACAAAAAUUUAUCAAAGAAAAUAUAUAUCUAAUUAAAGAUUACAAUGUAACGAAUAAAAAGAGUGUGAUACCUUAUCUUUAUACACCAGAAUAUAUUAUUGAUAUGGGAUAUGUUAUUAUCAAUCAAGCAACUCAUUACUCAGCCUUGUUAUUCAAUUAUGGUCCUACAAGUGUCCAAGUGAAAAUCAAAAGAUUACCCAAAAAAGAUCCCUUUCAUAAAUCUGGAAUCUCUUUUCAUUUUCGAGAUCAGACUAAUUUACCAGCUGGAGAAUAUACGACCCUCCAUAUUACAUUUUUACCAUUGCCAUCUCGAUACAAUGACAGAAUAACAGAAAUAAGACACAGAAUUUAUUUCGAAGUAACAUACGGCUGUACCAUGCCAGUCGCUAUUUUGAGUACGGUUACAUAUCCUUAUAUGUCUGUGAACACAAAUUCUUUGGAUUUUGGUAAAGUCAUUGUUGGUGACUGUCUAAUGAUCCCACUUGUAAUUAAAAACAUAGGUCUGGUGGAAUCUGUUUGGCAAAUAAAAUUGUCAACAGGAAAAAAAACAAGAGAGGAAUGUCCAUUUAUAGUCUAUUACAAAGAGGAUCGAUAUGCCCCAGAACAAAGUGGCAUUAUAAAUGUUUAUUUCAAACCGAUAAAAUCUGCGACUAUCGAAGCCAAAUUAAAUAUAAUAGUUCACCAGAGCCUAGAACAACCUACUAUUAUUCUAACUGGAACUGGAAUACAGCAUACAAUAAAAAUAUCGCAAUCCGAAAUUAUAUUUCCUACCAUAAUCCCGUUUUCGAAAAUCGAAGAUAUUACAUUCACUAUUGAAAACAUUGGACAGUGUCCUGUAGAAUUUUAUUGGCAUCACCUAGACAACGAAUUCCUGACGAACGACAGAAUAUCCAGAAUUCUCACCCAUUAUUAUGGAACCAAUGAGAUCCUUUUGCCACCGAGAAGAACCGGCGAGCCACUGCCCAGACAUUUCUUAACAUUUUAUGGAACUCUUAUUCAGGAUAUGGCAACUGCAUUGAACGAGACACGUCGUCUCCAGGAAUUAGAAAACAGUAAAUCUGAAACAACGGUAGAUACUGAGCAGGAUAUCAAGGAAAUUCUGGAGAAUUCUAAGGAAAAUAAGGAUAAAAUAAAAAAAAUUAAAUCGUCUCCCGAUUCUCGAAAAUCGUUGAAUCGUCGAGCGACGGACAUUCUGAAUACUUUUUCUCCAAUGCAAGAUGUUCCUUUUUUGGAUACAGAUGAUGCUGACGAGAUAGAAAAUCUCGUACACUGCUAUAUAGACGAACAGCAGAAAAUGGCAGAUUUUCAUGAAAAAAUGAAAGAUCCCGUAAAGAACAUGUUUGAUUCUAUUGAAGAAAGAACUACGUCAGUCUUAAUAAAUCAUCCUGUAUCAAAAAUGAAAUUAUUAAUGAUCUUUCACGGAGCACCUUUUACUGAGUAUCAAAGGGCAGCUUAUCGCUGUGCCAGGAUUCUUCAAAUUCCUGUUUUAAACCUGGACAAAGCAUUUCUGGAAAUCAUGGCUCUAGGAAGUGACGCGUGUGCUAGUAAAUUGCGUGAAACUGUGGAUUUCAGUUACAAUGAAUUAAUACAGAAAUUGGAGCAGCGCAAAGACUUAUCAGCUGCCAACAAAGAAACUGCAAUGGAUAGUUCCAGAUACGCAAUUACCAUAGAAUCAAUAAAGUCCGUUUCUCCAAGGAUUAAGGAAGAUCCUGCUGAGAAAGCAAUGAUUAAGAUUUAUACCGAUCCUAACCCUGCGGAGGAAUUUCUAAAAAUUCCAUCACCUAACGAUAUUGAGAAUAUACAAAAUUCAUUGACCAAAUAUGAAUACAAGGUGGAGGCUAUUCUGUUGAUGCAACAAAUUUUAGCCAGACCUACUACCGGAAAGAAUAAAUCUGCCAGGACUGACAAACCUGGGAAUACAUUUUUGAAUAUUGAAAAAGAAAUCUUAGUUGAAGCAUUAUCUAAAAGAAUAUCAAUGUUGGAUUUUGAAAAUGGUUUCGUGCUGGUAACACUAAAGAAUGAUUUUUUGAAAAACGAACUGGAGACUUUAUCAGUAAUUCUAAAAAUUGUUGGAAACGUUAAAUUUCCAAUUUUCAUCAGUUUUUACAAUGACAUGAAAAUUUAUGAGAGAAAAAAUAAUGAGCUUUUAAGACAGAGAAAGGAAAAGCAAGAUGCAGAGUUGGAACGCAAGCUUCAAGAAAUGGAAGAAAUGUCUCAGAAUAGCUUUGACCUGCUUUUGGAGGAAGACAGAAAACUUUACGCUGAAAAAAUUUUGACUGUGAAAAGACUACAAAGUAAAAUGAAGAUGGACCAACUUCGACAAGCAAUGUCAACGAAUAAAUUAAAAGAAAUGAAAUCAAAGGAUAAAACUGUCAAAGGGAAUAAGAGCAAGCUAAGUCAAGCUGCAAGUCGAGAUAAGAAAAUUAGCAAUCAGCCCAAAACGAUGAGUGAUAAGGAAACGAGUCCAAAAAAGGGAGCAGAUAAAAAAUCUAGUCCAAAAAAAAUACAUCAGCUUCCAGAGGAUAUAAAUCAAGUGAGAAUUGCUAUGCAGGAUUAUCAAAAUAAUCUAACUGCUAUUAAAUUAAUUUUGGAGGAUUGGAAUCCUACAAUAUCUUCUAACAUAGAUUUUGUGACACCAAAAUCAAAACCAAAAUCAAAGUCAGUCAAAUCAAAGGACACAUCGAUAGCAGAUGACGAUAAAGAGGAUGCAAAAGAAUUUUUUAUAUGGAUCUUAAGGAGCGAUGAUCCUUGGAGUAACAGAAUGUAUGAUGUACUGAGUACUCAGGUUGCACAAAAUGAUUCAAUGAAGAAAGCACUGACUAACGUCAUUCCAACGCCAGAUAUGCGGCCAAAGGAGUUUUCGAUAUUGAAAUCCAAAAACCGAAGACUCCGACCACUUAUAUUUGAAGACACUUUCAAAUUAUCAAGUGUAUCACAAGUUGAAGAAAAUCCUGAAUCCGCAAUUGCAAGCAGCAUAAGCGUACAGGAAAGUCAAACUGAAGGAAUAGAAAUUCCUUUAGCAGGAAAUAGAAGAAAAUCAAGAAAAUCCAAAUCCAAAUUUCGUUCAGCGAGCAAAGUGGGACUAGAUAAUGAACUUUUUAAAAAAUUUCCUGAAACAACCGACGAACCAAUGAAAUCACGAUGGAUCCUGCAACCAGGGGAAUUACAAAAAUUCAAAAUACAAUUUUAUCCCAAAACAUCAGGAAACUAUACGCAGCAAUAUAUUUUCACUGUUGCGGAUGCUGAAUCCAAUCACUUUAUACAAGUGGAAGGAUUUUGUGAUCUUCCACGAAUUAGAAUGGAUCCUGAAUAUCUAUUUACUAAAAUUCCGAAGAAUAAUUUGAAUGAAUUCAAUGAUCCAACAUUUUUCAAGGAUCCUGACACCUUUGAUUUUGGCUCACUGCUACUUUCGCGUAAAGACAAAAAACCUCAUCGACAAAGCACGAUAUUCACUCUGGCCAACAUUUCAAAAAUUGAUGCAAACCUUUCAAUUUCAUUAAUGGAUGGCAACCACGAUGCUUUUAGUUUCAAUCCAACGGAUCUCUUUAUAAGAUCUGGUCAGUUGGGAACAAUUGAUGCUACUGCGACAGCAACCAAAUUAGGAACAAACUUUGAUAAGCUGAUCCUGUGCAUCAAGGAUAAUCCUGCUGUAAACAUCAUACAGUUGAGAUGCAACGGCACAAAUCUGAAUAUAGAAUUAGAAGGAAAACAAGUGUCCUUCGAAAAAAUCCUUCUGUACCGAAAGGACACUAGAAUCGUCACUAUAAAAAAUCAAUCGUACGUUCCAAUUUAUUGGCGUAUUGUCACACAUGUACCUGUUGAUGCACAGAUAACAUUUUCCCCACAAAAUGGAAUGACGAAACCAUUUCAAGAUAGCCACGUGGAAUUUUGCUAUCAUGCUCAAACAGUUGGUGUAAUUGAAAAAUGUUCCAUGACGUUUCAUGCUUACAUAUAUCAGGAUGACGAUGAUCCUGUAUUCACUGAUUCCAUCGUUAUAUCAGGAGAAACGUACGACGUUCAGGUGGACGUGUCUUCAGCGAAUCCAAUUGAUUUUCAUUCUGUAAAAGUUGGAGAAAAAACUAAAGGAUCAUUCACUAUAAAAAAUAGGGGCCCAUAUGAAAUCAAAUUCGUGAUUCACGUGGAGAAAGAUAAAAUAUUGGAAAAAUAUAAUCCACAUCUUUCCAAAUAUUUGAGAGAGGAUUUACUCAUAGUACCUGUAUCAGGAUCUGUUUUACCAGAUAAAGGAACCACUGUCCUUGUGACGUUUAUACCCAGAAUUGAAAUCGUUCUUAAGGAAGCCCCUUUGCUAAUGUGUCAUCUUGUUGAUACAAACAAAUACAUUUCUGUUGUUGCUGAACUUCCUUUAACAGUUUCUGUGAUUUCCUAUUACGUCAGAUACGAAAUUUAUCCAUAUCCAAAAUUGGAUUUUGGUUCAAUAUCGAUCUACACGAAGAAGACCAUGUGUCUGAAUAUUAAAAACACCUGCAAAUUUCCAUUAAAAUAUUCGAUAACAAAUAUACUGGAAAUGCCACUAUCGCUCACGCCACUGUUAAAAAAAGAUAAAAAAUUGUUGAACAAGGACGACGAUACGGUAUCGAGAAAGGACAAGAAAUCUCCAAAAACAGGAAAAACUACAGCAAAACCAAUCGAAAUUGUUCCCUUCAAGAUAGGAGCGUUUACAUUUUCAAAAAACGGGGGCGACAUUGGCGUCGGUCAAACGGAGACUUUGAGCAUUGAUUGCUAUCCCGAGGAAAAUGGCCACCUUCAAGAAACCAUCCUUAUCAAUGUACCUAACAGCGUACCGGAAGAAGAAAAUGGCAAAAAGCUUAUCUUGAAAGUAAACUCUUGCAUUCCCAAAAUUGAUUUUGAUGAUCUCCAGUCGAUUUUUCACGAGAAUCACAUAGUUGAUAACAUUCAGGAUUUCAUAUCUCCUAAAGAGAUGGAAGGCCACACGAUAUUUGCAUGUCAAGAGAAACGUCUCUACUUCCGGCGUGUAAAUGUCGCUAAAACUCACAAGACAUUUCUCAAACUUUAUAAUCCUGGAAUGGUUCCAGCGGAUGUGGAAAUAGUAAUGCGACUCGGCGAGUUAAAUUCCAAAAAUGGCAAAAAGGAUACUUUCUCAGUAGAUCCUUUAAAGGAUACAGUGCCACCAAUGAAUAGUAAACUUUUUACAGUGUCCUUCACGCCCCAUUUGAUACAGACUUACAGUGGAGCUUUUGAUAUCCUGGUGGAACUUCCACAAAUUUUGAAGGGUCCUGGUCUGACCAUAAACUUAUCAGGGGAAGGAUGUGUGCCGGAAGUCGUCCUUCUACAUCCUGUGCCACAUUCCAAAAGAGAAACAGCCAUUAUUAAUUUUGGCAGGAUUCUCAUGCGUGAGUCAGCAUGUAAACCGUUGGAGUUUCAAAACGUCGGUUCCGUAGAGGCCAGGAUAAUUAUUGAAGUGCACGGAGAUCCUGAAUCCUUAUACACAAUAGAAUAUCCUCAGCCUACUGCACAGUCGACAAAGCUCUGGGAUUUUCCUGAUGGAUCCACUGAUCACUGUACGAUUUGUCGUUUGAUACCUGAUCAAUCAGCAAGGAUCAAUGUAGCAUUUUCCCCAAAGGACGUUGGAAAGUUUGAGGGUCAAAUUAAACUUUUUAUCAUUGACAAUCCAUAUGAGAAUAUAUUAGUGGAUCUACGCGGUGAAGGAUACAUGGAAAUUAUUGUUUUGGAAGGACUUGAAUUAUCUGAUACGCAUGAAAUCCUGCCUACAAAAAUAAAUUCUUUGGAAUAUUCCCAAAAAUCAAAUAAAGGAGCUUCGACAAAGGCACAUAAAAUAAUUUCGCCAUCGAUUCAAUCUGCAGUUCACCCUGGACAAGGAAAUAUUGCUCUGACUUAUAAAUUGGAUUAUGGAGCCUGUCACUUGAAUAAGAUGUACAGAUGUAAUUUCAGAAUAUCGAAUAGAUCAAAGGAUCAAAAUUUUAGAUUUGAAUGGUCAGCACAUUCCAAUUUGGUUUUUACACCUACGACAGGACAUUUGAUAAGAAACAGUAGCAAGAGCAUAUUAGCAACAUUUCUUGCUAGUGAACCAAUUACUUUGACGCAGACAAGUCUGGAGUGUGUUAUACAUGAAAUCCACUUAACAGAAUCCCAGGAUGACGUUUCCUGGGACGACAGACAAACUAGCGUCCAAUGGAUUCAAGAUAAUGAAUUUGUUAACGAUCAAUCAGUUCUUUCGAAAAAAAUCCUUCGAUCCACGGAUGAACCGAUUCAUGAAAUUGUUUCAGGAACCUACAGAAUCAUUCAAGUUCUGUUAAAUGCAAUUGCAGGAUACUCUGUAUAUUCCUGCGACGUGUCAGACAUUAAUUUCAAAGAUACCAUGAUAUUUCAAACAAGGGAACAUAAAUUCGUCCUCGCGAAUCCUGGUAUUGUUGAUGCAGAAUAUACUUGGAAAAUAACAAUGGAUGAACAAUAUCCUAUUCGAGUAGAAAGCACAGUAACAGCACUGAUUGGAAAAGAUAAAUCUUACAAGGAUUCAUAUUGCAAGCUAAAUUCUAAAUCCUUAAGGAACUCUCCCUACGAACAGGAUGAAAAGGGCCAUGUCCUUUGCAGACCAUUACCUUCUAAUGAAAAACUCAUUGACGUUCAACCAAAUAGUCCAUCCUAUGAGGCCUCUGACCUUUUUAGCAGUACUGCAGCACUGACAGAUCGAAGUACAGAUAGUUGGUUGGAGGGUGAUGUUAGUCCUUUUGAGAUAGAUCCAAAAAAUGGAAUCUUGCGAGCAGAACAAUCGCAAGAAUUCACCCUGAAGUUUUCACCAUUGGAUGUUUUCGAUUACAAAGCCUAUCUGAGUUGCAAUAUUGAAAACUUGGAUCCAAAAUUAAAUCCUUUAGAUAUUCCAAUACUGGCCAGAAGCCUGUUGCCAUAUUGUCAUUUUGAGGUGCCUGAAAGCGAUUACCUAACAAGUGGCAGAAGAAAUCCAGAUCGAAAAGGACCGAUAAUCCUUGAAGAGAUAAUUCCUGUAUGCCAGGACAUGCGAGUUAUAGAAUUCCAAAUAAUUGGAAUUGGAGAGACUCAUAUGAAAAAAUUUGAUAUGAUCAAUCCUACAUCGGAGGACUAUCAAUUUUCCUGGAGAGACAUAACAUUCAGGAAUUCUGAAGAAGUCCCAUAUUUUCAUUGUCAAGUAACAGAAGGUCUUGCGCAAAGAGGAAAGAGAACGAGUCUGGCAUUUACUUUUUUGGCAGAAGAUAUUGGAGUAUUUGAAUCCUUUUGGUCCUUUACAAUUAAAAAAUAUAAUCUAGAAACAAUAUUCUUGCUAGUAGCAACAGUCACAGAACCAUCAGUACACAAACUGCCAUUGCAUCUCAGAAUGAAACCAACUAUAGUUGGAAUGAAAGUCGUAGAUAGGAUAACAAUAGUGAACAACGAAUCCUUUCCUUUAUCCUUUCGCAUCUUGUCAGAUUCACUUUAUUCAGCAGGACGACUACAGAAUUUAACAGUGCAACCAAUGUCUGGUGUCCUGCAAGCAAACAGCGAGAAAGAUCUAGUUGUUGAAUUCCUUCCAAGAGUCUCAGGAUGUUCAGAUUUUACAGUUCAGUGUAAGAUUAAAAAGAUGAAGGAUCCUUUGACAAUUCUUAUUACAACGACAGCCUAUAAUAUUAAACCAAUAGUUUCCUGUGUGGAUCAGAGUGGAAAAGUUCAAGAAAUUAAUCCUGAUCAAGAGAACUGUGUCGACUUUGGCAAAGUUAUAUUAAAAAUACCAAUAGUUUUCAAAAUCGAGAUCACUAACCAUGAAAAUAUGACAUUUUAUUAUUGCUGGGAUCUUGGUAAAGAUCCUCAGAUUUUACAAAAAGACACCUACAAGAUUACAAUUAGUCAUAAGCAAGGAUAUGUCACCAGCCAAUCGAAGUCAUCUUGUACAUUGACAAUAACUCCAACAAAAAAAUCUAAGAUUGAACAUAGUAUUAUUUUAAAUGUGAACAGAGGUCCUUCUUACAAGUUGAUACUUAAAGGAUCUGCAAAGCUGUCAUCCUACGAAUUUAAUUUUAAUAAAUAUGAUUUCGGACCGCGUUACGUUCUAUCACAAAAUCCAAAUUCAUAUAGCUGCGAAUUAAAAUUCACAAAUUUUGAAGAAACGUCCUGCGUGGUGGAGUGCAAGUUCAAAGACCUUCCUCACAUGUUUGCAAAGAUUGACCAGCUGGAUCGUGCAGUCCCACCAAAAUCAACAGUUAGCAUAACAAUAUUUUUUCAACCGCUGGAAGAGACUCGUUACUGUGAAAUUUUGACUUUCCAAAUUAAUUCCAUUAUCAAAAAGGAAGUCGUUAUUACUGGCGAAGGGAUUCUGUACAAGAUAUCACUGAUAAAUCCAAGGGACAAAUUCAUAACAUUGGGAAAUUUGCAAAUUGGCAAAAGUGUUAUUAAAAAAAUUCCAGUGGUGAACAAAGGUCGGGCACCUGUACAUGUGACAUUUGACCUCAUUGGAAAAUUAUUUAAUUAUGAGAAACAGUAUCCAGAUGGAUCUUGUUCAACAGAACAAAAAAUGCAAAUAAUACCACAAGAGCGUAUAGAACCACUAAAAGAUGUUAAAAAACCAAUAUGGUCGCUACCAGAAAUUUUGAACAUAGAGCCUUCUUCAGCAGUCAUAUUAGAACCUAACAGACAAACGGAAGUGAUCCUGAAAUUCUCUCCAACCGAAAGGAUGAAACCCUUCAAAGAUAAAAUAGGUGUAAAAAUAGAUUCCACUGUUAUACCUUUGUUCAUCAUUCAAGGAAGUUGCAUGGGAGCAGAAUUUCAGCUCGACCGGAAGUAUGUAUCAUUUGGAACAAUAGUUCGAGGAAGCAAAUCCGAAAUCAGAGUAAUGUUGUACAAUACAGGGGACCUAGGAUCAAAAUUCAAAUGGAAUAUAGAUAAAUUGAAACCACACUUUGACCUUUCCCCUAUAACCGGAUACUGUUCUCCUGGAAUGGAUGUCAUUUUUACAUCUACUUUUCAUCCGACAUUACUGGCUAAUAAUCUUGAAUCAGAGGCUACCAUUGAUAUAGAAAAAUAUGGCCGACUGAAUCUAAGAAUGUCUGGCAGCUCCUGCAAAAUUCCUGAACCUCUUGAUACUCUAAGAUUCUCUGUAGAGGUGCGCGAGAGCCAAAAGAAAUUUUUGAGCAUAGCAAAUGACACAAAUGAAAAUUGGAUCAUCAGACCGAUUCUUACCGGAAGUUACUUUACUGCUGAAGACUUUACAGUUCCAGCUAAAAAAACCACAGCCUGCAUCAUCACAUACGAACCCUUAAUCAGUGCCAAAGAAGAUAAACCACAUAAAGCUACCAUAAUUUUUGAAUUACCAGAAGGAAAACCGCCAAUGGUUUAUGAACUCUUAGGCAGUACACUUCCGCCAAGAGUAUUAGCAAGUUUUACUCGGCAAUUUCCAGCUAAAACGAAGUUUGUUGAACUCCUUCCGGUUUACAAUUGGUUGAACAGACAAGAAUCUUAUGACUGUAAAUACGAGUCAAUAGGCGAUCUCAAGGCAGAUCCUGUUUACACUUUUACCGGAAAUACGAAAUUGGAUGUACCUGCCAAUGGACAACGUGAUUAUAGAGCUGUUUUUCAUUGUUACAAAGAAGCGAAUUUUCAUUUUCGGGUAACUUUUACAAACAUUGAGGGAGAGUACCAAUUCUAUGAACUUCUGUAUAAAGUAACGAAACCAGAAAUUUUGGAAUCAAUAAAAAUGAGUACCGCAGUGCGCACGAAAAAGUGUCACAGUUUGCAAUUAGAUAAUCCCUUAAAAGACCCAAUAACGUAUACAGCAACUUGUUCUCGGUUGGACAUAAUAAUUCACGGUAUUCCGAAAACUGUACAAGCUCAGUCCAGCGAUAAUAUCGAUAUUGAAUUCUAUCCGAUGCUGGUAACAGACACUGUUACAAGAUUGGAUUUAAAUUCCAUGGAACUAGGAAUAUUUCCAUACGAAUUAAAGUUAAAGGCGACACCACCACUGCCUGAAAAAUUAAUUCAAAUUUCCGCCAAUUUGGGAAACUCAACGACUUUUACGAUUCCCAUAAAAAAUCACAGUAAAAGAACAGCUGAUUUUGCGAUCAAGGUGGAUAAUAAUUCUUUUUCUUGUGAUAAAACAAUAACAAUAGCAGGACUCAAAGAGGGACACUUAAAUGUGACAUAUGAGCCAAGCGAUUUGGAAAGCGUUUCAGCGAAUUUGACAGCAGCUUCCGAAAUAACUGGAAAUUAUACAUAUCCAAUCGUGGGAACCUGUCAACUUCCCAAGCCACAGGGACCUUUCAUGCUAAAGCGAGGAAUCCCAGUAAAUAUCUCGUUCAAGAAUAUAUUUAAAGAUACUAAAACCUUUGAAUUUAUCCCGGAUGUACCUGACUUCACCACGAAAACAUCCGAAGAGACAGUACGCUCGAAGAAAACUACAAGCAUAACAGUAUAUUAUAAAAACUCACCAACCACUCAAGACGAUUCCAUAGACGAGUAUCCAGUCACUGGAAAACUUCUGGUGUCCUGCACAGAUCCUGCGUUAUCCCACAUUAACUGGAUCUUCUAUCUGAGAGGAUCAAACGAGUGACUGUACGGAAAAGGUUUGAAAAUAAGAAAAUAAAAAAUGGUGUAUCCGUUCUCUUUAUGUAGGAAAUAUAAAUUGCUAUACAUACAUAAACAAAAUUUCGGUACACUGUAGAAAAGUGUACCUACUGGAUUAAUAAUAGUACGAUCAUUAAUUAGUUACUUCUUUUAAUUCACGAGCGGUGCAAAAGACGCGCGUCUCCCCGAUAAGUCGGCGGCCAUCUUGUCGUAUUCGAAUUAAUUCGUUAAUCAGUGAUUAUCGUUAUGAAUAAUAAAUUAAACUUCCGC